AUGAGCACGAAGCAGGUGACGUGCAGGUACUACUUGCAGGGCGUGUGUCGGGAGGGAAGCAAGUGCCUGUUCUCCCAUGAUUUGGCCACCAGCAAAUCCUCCACCAUCUGCAAGUACUACCAGAAGGGGCAGUGUGCCUACGGCUCCCGCUGCAGGUAUGACCACGUGAGGCUCCCUCCGGCGGGCGGAGCCGCGGCCCCGCCGCUCCCCGCGGCCCCGGGCAGCCCCCGGGCGCCCCCCGAGCGCGGCCCCGCCGCCCCCCGCAGCAGGAGGGAGAAGAGGACGCUGGUGCUCCGGGACAGGGAUCUGUGCGGCUCCAGCGAGGAGAAGCAGCGGCCUGGCGCCCCCAGCGGCCCCGGGGCUGUUGUGUGCUGCGGGGAGCCCGGGGACAGCGAGGAGAGCAAGCCCCACUCGUACCUGGAGGCCAUCUGCAGCGGGCUGGAGGAGCCGGGCGCCGGCGCCACCGAGCAGCUGUGUCCCUAUGCCGCCGCCGGCGCCUGCCACUUCGGGGAGCGCUGCCUGUACCUGCACGGGGAGCUCUGCGAGAUCUGCGGCCUCCAGGUGCUGCACCCCUUCGACCAGGAGCAGAGGAAGGCCCACGAGAUGAUGUGCAUGGCAACGUUUGAGCACGACAUGGAGAGGGCCUUUGCCAUCCAGGCCAGCCAGGACAAGGUGUGCAGCAUCUGCAUGGAGGUGGUGUAUGAGAAGCCCUCAGCCUCAGAGAGGAGGUUUGGGAUCCUGUCCAACUGCACCCACACGUACUGCCUGUCCUGCAUCCGCCAGUGGAGAUGUGCCAAGCAGUUCGAGAACCCCAUCAUCAAGUCCUGCCCUGAGUGCCGGGUGAUCUCCGAGUUUGUCAUCCCCAGCGUGUACUGGGUGGAAGAGCAGGAGAAGAAAAAUGAGCUGAUUGAAGCAUUUAAACAGGGAGUGGGGAAAAAGCCCUGCAAGUACUUUGAGCAGGGGAAGGGAACGUGUCCCUUUGGAGGGAAGUGUCUUUACCUCCACGCUUACCCCGACGGGACCCGAGCUGAGCCUGAGAAGCCGCGGAAGCAGCUCAGCUCCGAGGGCACCGUGCGGUUCUUCAAUUCCGUGCGCCUGUGGGACUUCAUCGAGGACAGGGAGAGCAGGAGCGCGCCCGGCGCCGACAGCGAGGUCACGGAGCUGGGGGAGCUGUUCAUGCACCUCUCUGGGGCUGAGGAGGAUCCCACUGCAGCCCAGUGAGCACACACAGCCCCUCUGAGCCCAGCAGUGCUGCUAUUUAUUAGCCAUGCUUUUACUCUCUCCAGCACACCUAGAACAAAACGUGCCCUGGUGGUUACUCGUGCAGUCCUGGUAAAGUUUUCAGAUAGUUUUUAUAUGGCAACAAAAAAAAAAAAAAAAAAAAGAAAAAAACAACAACAACAAAAAAGACUAAAUAUA